AGUUCAUAUCAGCUUUUCCCGGGCAUUGCUCUUUACAGUUUCCUCUUUGAGCUUCUUUAGGAAGCUAUACUGGUUUGGCUGCUCACCUAAUGCUCAUCAUAGAUAGACUGUCAUAGACUAUGUAUACUAUAAGAAACAGUCAGAGAUUCUGAAGGUGAAAGAUAAAAGGUUCCAAAGCACAGAUUUAUUACUCGAGAAAGCAGAUACUUUGUUGCUGUUUGCAUAGGGAGUAUCAAAGGAGUACGAGUUGGAAACAUUGAGGCUGAACUAGAUUACAUUGUACUAGUAGAUCUUUUGCACUUGCCAUAUCUAGGAAAAUGGCACUUGCUUCGAUUCCUGCAGUAGUCCUGGGCUCGAUUGCCUUCACCGUAUUCUGGAUGCUGGCUGUGUUCCCUGCAGUCCCCUUCCUACCCGUAGGAAGAACUGCUGGAUCUCUUCUAGGUGCCAUGCUCAUGGUGAUCUUUCAGGUCGUCAGCCCCGAGCAGGCCUACGCAUCCAUCGACCUCCCCAUCCUGGGCCUCCUCUUCGGUACCAUGGUCGUUAGCAUCUACCUGGAACGAGCCCAGAUGUUCAAGUACUUGGGCAGGCUGCUUUCAUGGAAGAGCAAAGGUGGCCGGGACUUGCUCUGCCGAGUCUGCCUUGUUUCGGCCUUAGCAAGUGCACUCUUCACCAACGACACCACCUGCAUUGUGCUCACCGAGUUCGUCCUCAAGCUCGCAAAGCAGCACAAGCUUCCUGCCAAGCCCUUUCUCCUAGCAUUAGCAUCUAGUGCCAACAUCGGCUCAAGUGCAACUCCCAUCGGCAACCCACAGAACCUGGUUAUAGCUGUCGAGAGUAAAAUCUCCUUCAUCAAGUUCUUUCUCGGAAUCUUCCCCGCCAUGCUUGUUGGUGUUGUCAUCAACGUAGUGAUCCUUCUCGGCAUGUUUUGGAAGCAGUUAUCGAGCAAGGAGGGCGAAGAACAGAAAAUGGAAGUCGAAGUCACCGAGAUGGAAGUGAAUUCCCAUACUUUCGUGCCCGCGAGAAUGUCGCACCCUCCUCCUUUGGACUCCCAAGAGAUGAAUGAUGUCGAGAAGAAUGAUCCGCGCAAAGACGGUUCUCGGCAAGGCUGUGCACAAGUUUCUGAUAUGAAGAGGUUUCUGACAAAAAAGGAAGUGUUCUUGAAGGGCUCUGUGUAUUUUGUAAGCAUCGGCAUGCUGAUUGCUCUGCUAAUGGGACUAAACAUGUCAUGGACUGCACUCACUGCUGCUCUGAUACUGGUGGUGAUCGACUUCAAGGAUGCUGGCCCAUGUCUUGACAAGGUUUCAUAUUCCCUGUUGGUGUUCUUCUGUGGGAUGUUCAUCACUGUUAAUGGAUUCAACAGGACAGGAAUACCGAGUGGCUUUUGGAAUUUUAUGGAGCCUUAUUCUCGGAUUAAUCAUGUGAGUGGAGUCACAGUGCUAUCCAUUGUCAUACUGCUGCUAUCGAACUUGGCAUCCAAUGUACCCACCGUGCUCUUGCUGGGGGCUCAGGUGGCCAAGUCAGCCGCUGCAGUGUCGCCCAAGUACGAGGCGAGAUCAUGGCUGUUGCUCGCGUUCGUGAGCACCGUCGCCGGCAACCUCUCGCUGCUGGGCUCGGCGGCCAACCUGAUAGUAUGCGAGCAGGCGCGGCGGUCGGAGCUCCACAAGUACACUCUCUCCUUCUGGGAACACAUUGUCUUUGGACUGCCGUCGACGCUCGUCGUCACCGCCGCCGGACUCCCCUUGAUCAGGGCUUAGCUCAUCGUCGUAGAAUGCUGUAACUAGAAAUAAUCCUGAUCGUUACCAUGUACUCCCUGGUGAUUGCCGAACGAGGUAUACUUCUUUUAGGAGCUUGUAUUCAGUGAAAUGAGAGUUCAAGAAGGGUGUGAACUCGUAUGUAUGUAUGUAGAUCAGUAGAUGCAUGCUGGCCAGCUACAAACAAAUAUUCCAAUCAUGUAUUCCUUUUUUCCUUCA